CCCGCGCGCAAAAGUCUGCACAGGUUCGUGUAGACGAGGAGGUUGGACAUCUCAAAAACGUCAAGGCUGCAUCAACACGCGCAAGUGCCCGAAGCUCUUCACCAAAUUCGGUCAAAUUCUAGCCCGCUGUAAGACACAACCAGCUCACCUAUGGAUCGGACUUAGUUUCCUGAAGAGAGGGGGGGUCACCCGAGAAGUGGAAUAAGAACCUACGCUUCUCUCCAACGCCGACACCUCUGCUAGGACGACUUGAUCUGUAUUGCGAAGGAUGGCAGAGUAUUCACGUCUUGAGGGAGGAUCAGCUGGGAAAUCGGGGAGGAGAUUGAGUCCCAGUCCGCUUCGCGUAGUUACGUCAUCCGGACUUCAACGAGUUCCCUCCAACGCUUCCUUCGCCUCGACCUCGAUGCCUCAGACGACGACCGAGAGCCCCUUCCAUGCACCCGACGACUCCCUUCGUCGCGACUCUGACGACAUCCGCUACGAUGCCCCCGAAUCUGCGCGAUCCUCCGGCGAACACGAAGUCCUCUUCGAAUCCCCAUUCCGCAGCUCCGUGGAUCAGACGAGACCCCGUUCCUUGAUUGGACAGAACCCUUUCAGCAACCGUGCGUACCAGUACGACAACCCCGACGCCCGAAACUCCACCGAGUCGCUUCAGUCCGCGGGGGCGGUUCGUGGAGACCGUGCCCGCGUCGAAGCCGAAGACGAGAACUUUGGUGAGCACCUCCUUGGAGCACGUAACGAUGAUCCCGAGCGUGGCAACGUUGAGGACGACGAAGACCACCCGCCUACCCUCAUGUCUUUCCGUGGUGUCGAAAAGGGCGCUCCGAACCCGUAUAUCCCUCACAAGAAAUGGUACCGUAUCCCCUGGGAAAGGAUGCCAAAUCUCUUGAGUUGGGCGCCGAAGCGCGUCCAGGGCUGGUUCUCGUUUGAGCGUUCGUGGACUUCGUAUGUCUUCGGUCUCGUCAUGAUCGCUAUCUUCAUUGUGGGUUGUAUCGUUAUCUUUUACACCCUCGGAUUUAGCAAGCCGAGAUUCUAUCAGCAAGGUGUUGGGUUAUCCGUUCUUAACGGCAUCGACGAGACCGGAUUCAACUUGACGCGUUACCUCAACGUCUCCCUCACUAAUCCCAACUUCUUCGCUGUCACGGUCAAGCCCCUCGAGCUCUGGGCCGUAUACAACGGUACUUACUUCUUCGGUCAAACCCUCGAUAACUCCGGAAUCAAGCUCAAGGCCCACGCCAAGAACACCUCGGUCGUUAUUCCAUUCGUUUUCUCCUACCUCACCUCUCAAGACGCCAACACCUCCUUCAUCACCCAGUUGGCGCUUGAGUGCGGUGCAACCACCAACGACAAGCCCGAGGCUUUGCCCUACGAGUUGUUGGCGCAGGGAAAGACUAAAGCCGUCAGUGCUUUCAACAUCCAAAUGGAUAUGGGUAGGACGCCAGGUGGUAUGACGUGUGAUUCUUUGACUGGGAAGGUUGUUAGGAGGAUGGCGGAGUUGAGGGGUGUUACGUUGGCGGAUUGGCAGCAGGGUAAUGAUGAUGUGUCUGCUGGCGACACUGCCUAGAUUCGAUGAGGGGCUUUAUGGGCUCGCAGAGGGAGAGAAACAUACUUUUAGCAUUUUAUACGUUAUUUCGAGAUCUUAGCUUUUAAAUCAAAUUCAGGUUGCAUUUAAUUCCGUUCUCGCUCAGUUAAUUGAGUUCAUUACACGCGCGAACUUGGCCGCAAACG